AUGGCGCAGGUCUGUGGAAGCCUCUUCUCCCCUGCUCGAUUAUCCCCCUAGAUGCUCCUACUUUUCCUCUCUUGAUUCUUCCCUUCUCUGUGUUCCUCGGCUGCAGAAGGUGAUAGUGCUCGUCACAGGGAUGGUCGACGACAAGACGAAGCAGAAGGCAAUGGAGCUCGUUGCCGACAUCUCUGGUAUCGACGCCAUCUCUGUUCUGCCCUUCCCUUCCCUUUCUUCAAUAUCUCCAUCUCGGAAGGUCCCAAUCGUCGUCUCCCCGCCGCUGAAUCCUGUCUUCGGCAGGCGUGGAUUCAAUCGCCGCAGAUCUGAAGGGGAACAAAAUGACCGUCAUCGGGGACAUGGACGUCGUGGCCGUCGCGAAAAAGCUGAAGAAGCUGGGGAGAGUGGACGUUCUGUCCGUCGGCCCCGCCAAGGAAGAGAAGAAAGAAGAGAAGAAGGAAGAGAAGAAGGAAGAGAAGAAGGAGGUGAAGAAGGAGGAGAAGAAGGAAGAGAAGAAGGAAGAGAAGAAGGAAGAGAAGAAGGAAGAGAAGAAGUAG